AUGCGGGGUCCGCCAGAAGAUCGCAAUUCAAGUGGACGACAGUACCCGCCGGAAGGGUGGUGUCAUGCGCGUAUAGUAUCGGAAGACUGGAAGGACCAUCGGUUUCGUCUCGACUUUCUAGUCGUCAGUGGAAAAAGCAUUCGCGAAAAAGAAGGUGAAAAAGACGGGAGUCGGUUCUAG